AGAUGAAGCUUCUGGCUUCUGUUACCUGAACGAUGCUGUCUUGGGGAUCCUGCGUCUGCGCCAGAAAUUUGACCGAGUCCUUUAUAUCGAUUUGGAUUUGCAUCAUGGGGAUGGAGUUGAAGAUGCCUUUAGUUUCACCUCGAAAGUCAUGACUGUUUCUCUGCACAAGUUUUCACCGGGAUUUUUCCCAGGCACCGGUGAUGUGACAGAUGUUGGCCUGGGGAAAGGUCGCUAUUACAGUGUGAAUGUGCCUAUUCAAGAUGGCAUUCAGGACGAGAAAUAUUACCAGAUCUGUGAAAC